CAGAAAUUCUAUCAUAUGACUUUUCGUUUCUCCUCUGUGUUUUGCGCUUGAAUUUCCUAUUUUGUUUCGAGAAAUAAACAGAAAUAAAAAGCCUUCAAAAUGUCUCUAAGCGACGCAGAUGUACAAAAACAAAUCAACCAUAUGAUGGCUUUCAUUGAGCAAGAAGCCAAUGAAAAAGUUGAAGAAAUUGAUGCUAAGGCAGAAGAAGAGUUUAAUAUUGAAAAAGGAAAAUUAGUUCAAGAACAAAGGUUGAAAAUAAUGGAGUAUUAUGACAAAAAGGAAAAACAAGUUGAACUUGCAAGAAAAAUUCAGAGUUCUAAUCAGCAUAAUCAAGCUAGGUUGAAAGUUUUGAAGAAAAGAGAAGAUCACAUAAAGGAUGUCUUAGAUGAGGCAAAAAAACAGCUUCACAGUAAAACUCGAGAUACUGCACGGUACCAGGAAGUCUUGAGGAAACUGAUACUGCAGGCAGUUUACCAACUUCUUGAAACCAAUGUUCUCAUCAAAUGUCGAAAGCAAGAUGUUGAUUUAGCGGAGAAGACGCUAAAAUCUAUAGCACAAGAAUAUGAAGGUCAAGUUGGAAAACCAGUUAAAAUUACAAUUGAUAAAGAGAACUAUUUGUCUCCUGAAUGUGCUGGUGGUGUAGAAAUAACAGCACAGAAUGGAAAAAUCAAAAUCAAUAACACUUUAGAAAGUAGAUUAGACAUGAUUAGUCAGCAGUUACUUCCUGAAAUCCGUGAAACUUUGUUUGGCUCUAAUCCGAAUCGCAAGUUUAAAGAUUAGAUGUAUAGCUUCUCAAAGCAUAAUUAAUGUUAACCAAGAUUCAUACUAUAUGUAACAUUCCUUGUUGUUGGAAAACUUCCAUAACCAUAGAAGUUUUCAUUUAAAAAUGAAUGUCAUUGAUUCAUGUACUCAAGUACUUUUCCAAUGUUGUUGUACAUUUAGACCUAUAAAUGAGUUAUCUAGAAGAUAGAAUGGCUUUGGUGUGUGAAUGGAAUCGUUUCAAUAUUUAGCUACAAAUCUCUCUAGUCUUUGCCUAAAUCUUUAUUUUCAAGUUCAUUGAAGAAUAUUUAUUAAUCAUUUUUCAAGAGUUAUUUAUUGUAAAAAUGUAUUGUUUUGACAAAAAAAAUGUAAAUAAAUUUUUUUCCCAAUGCAUUUUAGUAUAAGUUAGAAGUUUUUGUCAAUCCGUUUAUUAAUUAAAAAGUAAUCAAUAUUUUGUUUUGCACACAACAAUUUUAUCAAAUUAUAUUGAUGGAUAUGUUGAAGGUAAACUGCUUUUAAAAUAAAAUUGUCAUUUUUCUAGGC